UAAAAACAAAACAAUCUUCUCGCGUUCGACUCUCAUCGGCAGUGCAGUGCACCACGUUUAGCUCUUCGACGACGACGAAGUUCUUUCGAUUUUGUGAAAAGUUGUAAAAGUUUGAUUGUAUCGUGUGCGGAUAUUCGAUACAGUAGGAUCGAAAAUGACGACGGAAACGACACCGAUCUUCCCGAAGCUAAACGUGGAAGAGGAACCGGAGUUGGGCGCGACAGAAAUCGAGUCCAUGUGCAUGAACUGCCAUGAGAAUGGCACAACUCGACUCCUGCUCACGUCCAUCCCGUUCUACAAAGAGGUGGUCCUCAUGUCGUUCAGCUGUGACAACUGCGGCUUCCAGAACAACGAGAUCCAACCGGGAGGCGAGAUGGCCCCCAAAGGCAUCCGCAUCAGCGUCAAGAUCGACACGGCGAAGGACCUGAAUCGACGCGUCGUUAAAUCCGACCUCUCCAGCGUGCGGAUAGAGGAGCUGGACUUCGAUAUCCCGGCACAGUCCCAGAAAGGCGAAGUGACCACCGUGGAAGGAAUCAUCGACCGGGUGAUAAGGGGACUGGAACAGGAUCAACCUGUGCGCCGAAUACAGCAUCCGGAAGCGGCGGAGCAAAUCGAUACCUUUGUUGGGCGGCUCAAAGACCUGAAGGAGAUGAAGCAACCCUUCACCAUCACGAUCGAAGACAUUUCCGGGAACAGCUUCGUGGAGAACCCGCAGGCGCCGCAGCCGGACCCAAACACAACCAUUUCGCACUUUGUUCGGAAUAAGGAUCAGAAUCACCUGCUGGGGAUAUUUACCCACGAUGAGGUGGCGGACGAGAAAUCCAAACGACCGGAACCCAUACCCGAGGAGGAAGACAAGAUGUUGAAGAUGAUUUCGGAAGGCUCGUGGCCACUGGAGGAACUGCAAGGAGAAGUAUUGCAAUUCCCAACCAACUGUCCGGAAUGCGCGGCCGAUUGCGAGACGAACAUGAAGGUGACCAACAUUCCGCACUUCAAGGAAGUGGUAAUCAUGGCCACAGUCUGCGACAACUGCGGCUUGAGGACGAACGAAGUCAAGCCUGGAGGCGGUAUCGAAGAGCAAGGCGUCCGAAUCGAAAUCACCGUUCGCGGAAGGAUUGACUUCUCGCGGGAUGUGCUCAAGUCGGAGUCUUGCGAUCUACGCAUUCGGGAGCUGGACUGUGAGGUGGGUGCCGGUGCCCUCGGGGGACGUUUCACCACGAUCGAGGGACUGCUGACGGCCAUCAAGGAUCAGCUGGUGGAAAGCACCGGAAUGUUCAUGGACUCGAACGACGAGGCAACUCAGCAUCGGAUGGAUAGCUUCUUCGCGCAGCUGGACGCAGCCAUCGCAGGGGACAAACCGUUGACCAUAGUGCUGGAUGAUCCCACGGGGAACAGCUAUGUGCAGUCGCUGAAUGACGACGGAACGCCGGAUAAUGCGCUGCGGAUAAUCCGGUACCACCGGUCGCACGAGCAGAACGAAGAAUUGGGCCUGAAUGAUAUGAAGACGGAGAAUUACGAAGAGGAAUAGGUCAGUUGGCUUCUUCGAAGUUCUAGGUGUACUACAGCCAAAUGCAUCUUGGGGGAGAUCAGAAACCAUAUAUUAUGAAACAUUACUUUUUAACUGUUUGAAAUUAUAAGAUCUAAAAGUAACGGUAA